GACUGGAAAGAUUUUACCAAAAAUUACGAUUUUCCUUUCAUUGCUGGAAUAUCGAGGGCACUUCAGUUUUGUUGUUGUCUAAUACAAAAACAACAUUACAACGAAAGCGAGCUGUGGUCACGCGAUGUCGAAAGGGCACGAGGCACGAGGUACUAUAACAUCGAUGGUCGCUUUGACCUACGUCAACUAAUGCGUGAACCUGAAAAUACGGUAAAAAUACAGUACUCAAUAGCCUUGUUCACUCCGACCGUGUUGAGCGUUCUGAUAUUCGCCUGUGUACAUCAACAUUAUGGUCUCAUUCGAUUUCUAUGGAGAAUUACAUGCCUAACGGAAAUUGGGCUCGCCGUCGGACUCUUGGGUCUAGAAGCAUUUGAGGUGUUCGUCAAAGGAAAUUAG